CAAAACUGCCACAUGGGGGAUCAUCCUUGGCAGCGACACCUGACCUCGUCUUUGGAAAUUUCGAGCCUCUUUCGUUCUGCUGCUCUUGGCCGCAUUUCUUAUGGAUUCCUCAUUAUAGUAGCGUCUCAAUCGACCCCAUGGACAGCAAGAUCGGGGUUACCCCGACUCCGGGGUUGGACAAGGUAGCUACGGGAACGGCCCGAAAACGUUGGACGAAGCCGGUUAUCGUGGCUACGCUAGGCCUAGUUGCCUUCGCAUCCCUCACGAACAGCACCCGGGGAUGGAUCCCGACCUCGUUGGCGGAGACGCCCAUGCCCGGACCGCAGGAAAAAGACCUGGGAUGGAUUGACAUCGAGCCGAGCCGGUCGAUCGAGUGGCACAGGUGUUUCGACGGCAGGUACGACUGCGCCCGACUCGACGUCCCCAUGGACUGGCUGGAUCCCACCGACGACCAGCGCGUCGUGCUCGCCAUCAUCCGCCUGCAGGCGACCAACUCCACGGGGAGGCCCUACGGGGGACCCGUGUUCUUCAACCCCGGCGGCCCCGGCGGCUCCGGCAUCUGGUCUCUGAGAGACCACGGGAAGCUCCUGCAGACCAUCGUCGGCGACAACCACGACAUCGUCUCGUUCGAUCCCCGCGGGAUCGGCGCCUCCGUGCCAAGGAUAGAGUGCUGGGACACCAUCCAGAGCCGGCAGAUCUGGGGCCUGCAGGAGGUGGGCGUGGUUGAUUCGCACCCCGGCGUCCUGUACGAUGCCUACGCCCGUGCCACGGCCCUCUCGCAGGCCUGCGAGGCCAACGUGAACGGCUCGGGUAUCCUGCGUCACAGCAGCACGGCAUACCACGCCCGGGACAUGUUGGAGAUCCUGAACCAGAUGGGCGAGGCGAAGCUCAAGUACUGGGGGUUCAGCUACGGGACCGUUCUCGGGGGGACUUUUGCCUCGAUGUACCCCGACAAGGUCGAGAGGAUGGUCAGCGAUGGUAACGUGGACUACGAGGAAUGGUACCACGGGUCAUACAUCAACUUCCUCCACGAUACCGAUCGGGUAAUGGAAGCCUUUUAUGACCUCUGCCAUCUCGCGGGGCCGGUGAAAUGCCUCUUCCAUGCGCCGUCGCCCGCGGAGAUCAAAGACCGGCUCGACACCCUCCUCGCCAAACUCAGGAUCAACCCCGUCAUCAUCCCCGCCUCUGAUCUCGGCCCCGAGAUGCCCGAGCUCGUCACGUACUCCCGAGUCAAGAAGAUGAUCUCGACAACCCUCUACCAGCCCGUGCUCAUGUUCCGCCGCACAGCUUCAGUCCUCGCCGCGCUAGAGUCAGGCGACGGCAGACCCUUCUACGAGUACCGCCUCGCGGGCUCGACGCCAACUUCCCUCUGCUCCCUGGAAACGAUCCCGCCGACCAUCCCAAUCACCGGCCCGGAGGAGGCAACCGAGGACGCCUUCCCCGCCAUAAUGUGCAGCGACCUCGACCCAGUGACCGACACAGUCUCGGAGCUCGAGGAAUACGCCGCCCGCCUGCAGGCGAUCAGCUCCGCCGCGGGCGCCGUCAACAUCCUGUUUCGGCUCGCGUGCGUCGGGCGCCGCGUGCGGCCCAAGUGGCGGUUCGACGGCCCCUUCGGCGGUUCGACGGCCCACCCGAUCCUGUUCGUCGCCAACGCCGCCGACAACGUCAGCCCGCUGGUCAGCGCGAGGAACAACUCGGCGCGGUUUCCCCGGUCGGCGGUGCUGGUGCAGAACUCGUACGGCCACACCAGCCUGUCGGCCGCGUCGGCGUGCACGGCUAGGCAUGUGCGGGAUUACUUCCAGCGGGGCGUCCUGCCGCCGGAGAGGGGCGCUACAUGCGAGCCUGAUGUUCAGCCGUUUGGGGAAGAGGAAGAGGAGGAGGUGGUGGGUGCGGAGGCCGGGCAGGGCGAGGAUGCCGAGUUGGCGUGGGCUGUGCGGGAACUCGCCAAGGAGCCGAGGUGGGGUGCGAUGUUGAGGCCUCCUUCCUUGUAGGGGCUGCUGCUCUUGGUCUGGGAGGCGUCAGGGGUGAGACUCGCUUUUCCAAGGGUUCCUGUUAUUGCCUUUACUACCAAGGCCUGCCGCACCUCCAAGGCAUUGGAUUGGCUGGUCGACGAAUUACGUGCUUGUCGAUCAUUGAUAUGAUCUUCUCAUGGACUUGUUGGUUCCGACUCGCCUCAUCAUACCUUGAUGAGCACGCGUCUUAUCAGAUCUCUGGGCGACUACAGUUUCCCGGCCCUCGAAUCAGGGAAGGGCUGGCCCAAGAAAAUGGGCAAC